CUGGAUGCUCAAAACAAGUCAUUAAUGCACCGUUUGUCUCUUCAUUUUGAGAAAUCUAUGGUGCUCGUUAAAGCAAACUUCUCCGAAGAUUGGAUGCCAGCGAAUCUGCCGAGCUCUUUGAGUGGGUUAGCCAAUCCGACCGUGAGCUGUAACCGGAGUGGGUCUCCAUGGCUAUUUCUUUGUUUGCUACAAGGGUGCAGUACUUUGUUGAGCAAACAAAGAGAAUUUCUGGUAAAGGUGAAAAAAUGAAGAGAUUGUUCAUCGUUGUUACCCCUGAUUUCUUGAGACCUUCACUGAUUCUCCUUAACAAAUUUCCCUCAGACCCAGCCCCCUCGCAAUCUUCACAUGGCUUUUAUUUGAGGUCUUCAGGUCGAUCCACAAUGCCGAAGGAAAAGAGAUUGCGUACGCUUUUACCAGCGGAAGAAAAGCAUACAACACAGCCCUUGGAAGCAGGCACGGUGAAAGAGAUUCGACGCAACAUUUCUAUUGCUUGCACAGAGUGUCAGAGAAAGAAGACCAUGUGCUCCGGAACGGCGCCGUGCACAAGAUGUGCAACAAAAGGUCAGUUGUUUCUAUACGAUCAAACUGGCGAUCGCCGACGCAAAGAGUAUACGGCGGGGCUGCUGAAAUUUCAUACUACUCUUUGUUGGCUAGUUGCCACGCUGCGCUCCGGAGGUCCCCAGGAGAUAUCAUGGUUGGUUUCGCAGUUGCAAAUCUUGCCAACAGAUCAGGAUGCAGUUGAUUAUGUUGUUCAAAUGCUGAAUGGAUAUGAUCGGAUGGGUUAGUACAAUGGCGAACGAAGCCGAAGGCAAUUUCUGUUGAAUAGAAAGCAGUAGCGCGACCAUCAAGCCUAGCCAGGGUCUUAUUGGUUGGUUUACUUCAUAUUUUGGGCUGAAACAGGCUAGUUUUGUUCUAGAAUUUCGAGUUCA